AUGACACCGCCGCCGCAACCACCAAUCAGAAACAACCACACCAACCUUCUCCAAAACCCCAACAACAACCUCCCAACCCUACCCGAUCUCCUCCUCACGGCCCUCUCCUUCUGUUUCCUCUUCUCUUCCUCCACCACCAGAGCUACCCUCUUCUCCAAAUCCCCAUUUCUUCAUUUCCCUUCCUCCCCUCGCCGCUUUCUCAAAAUCCCCAUCAUGUCCCUCCACCACUUCUCCACCCCACAGUCCCUCUCCGACUGGCUCAAGCCGCGCCUGCUCUCCGACUCUCUGGCCUCCUGGGGGGUCAAGCCCGGCACCAAAAACGUCCACAACCUCUGGCUCGAGCUCUCCGAAGGCGAAAGCUCUCUAGCCGACUCAACCCCUCCGGUUCGAACCGUUCACGUCGUCACGGUACGGAUCAUCGACGAUAAAUUCCGGGUCUUGGUCGAAGCCCACCAAGAAUUAUCGGACGGUAGCGUCCGAAGCCGAGGCCGGCCCUUAUCGGAGAAAAUGAAACCCGGCGAGGACCCCGAAUCGGCCGCUAACCGGGCUGUUAUGGAAGAGCUCGGUUCGAUUUUAAAAGGGUUGGUGAAAGAUUCGGGAAAUUGUGGCAUUCUAAAAAUUGUUCCGGGUUCGUAUGAGAAGAAGGUGGAGGAGCGUCAUUCGGCGUCGUAUCCGGGCUUGCCGGCAUGCUACGUUUUGCAUUCGGUGGAUGCUUGGGUGGAUGGUUUACCAGAAGGAGAGUUUUGCACUGAGGAGGAGCAUGAGUAUGCGAAUUGCGGAGAGAUGAGUAUUGCUCACGAGGCUGUGUCUGUCAAGAAGCAUUUUUGGAAAUGGGUUAGUCUUGAUUCAGUAAGAUCUUGA